CACACGCGAGAUCUCCAUCUUGAAAGAUCAUUGAUUUGUGCCGUUUCUACCUUAUAUUUUUCUUAUUUUUGAGUGAAUAAGUAUUGAAAGUCAACGGAAGCAGUUCAUUUUAUUGUUUGGCUAAGUCAGAAGAGCAUUUUCAUUGCGGCAAAAUGCUGUAUACGCUUUUGAAGCCGCUUUCCAAUUUCUGGAAGCCGAAAGACAUUCAGAUCUACAACAAUGUCUUCAAUCUCCAUGGGAAAUUCACCGUGGCUAUGUUGGUAAUCUUCUCCCUGAUCAUCUCGGCCAAGGAGUACUUCGGGGAGCCCAUCAAGUGCAUAAAUGAUCCGAUGGACAAGACCGACAAGACUUUCAUAGAGUACUAUUGCUGGAUUCACGGAACGUACAUCUUGAAGAACUUCCUGAACGUGACCAAACGUGAGGCAAUCAUCGCCCCGGGGAUCACUGUUGUGCAGGGAGUGUCGGCGGAGAGGGAUCGCAUCUACCAGAAGUACUAUCAGUGGGUGGCGUUCAUCCUUGUGCUGAUGGCCGUGGCGAUGCGCGUGCCGACGUACAUGUGGAAGAUCUGGGAGGGCGGACGCCUGAAGAGCGUGUGCCAGGACUUCGGGUCGCCGCUGACAUCGUCUCACUGGAAUGGCGUCGAGAGCGUCCGCAUCGUGCGCUACUUGCGCCAGAAGAGACACAAGGACUUGCAUCGCUGGUACGCCUAUCGCUUCAUCAGCUGCGAAGUCCUGAACUUCUUUGCCAUCCUCGGCGUGAUGUGGGUGCUGGAGUUGUUCCUGCACGAUUUCUGGUUCACCUACGCUGAGGCCGUUCAGUCCAUGUUCCGAAUGGACUCCUCGGGAUGGAUCAUCAACACUGCGCGCAUCUUUCCGAAGCUCGCGAAGUGCGAUGUGUACAAAGUGGGCGUGUCCGGAUCAAUGCAGAAUAAUGACUAUCUGUGCCUUCUUCCGCUCAACAUCAUCAACGAGAAAAUCUUCGCCAUUCUUUGGGUGUGGAUGAUCUUCGUGUUCAUCGUCUCUGCGAUCAACACCCUUUGCAAAGUGGUCAUCUUCGUCUGCCCUCUCAUUCGCCUGAAGAUGCUCUACUCUCAGAUCCACGAUCACAGUGACCAGAAGUACUCCAGUAUUUACCACAUCACGUACGGCGGCGACUUUGGCCAGUGGUUCUUCCUCUAUCAAAUGAGCCGAAACCUCAAUCCUGUGAUUUUUAAUGAAAUCAUCAGCGAUCUGAUCAAAUACGACAAGGAGAAGAUGAUGAAUGAGAAAAAGAAGCGAACUCUGGAGCCUAAUGAGAAUCACGAGGAUACCAUUUAUAUUGAGGAAACCAUCUAAAGCAGGUCUUUGCAUUCCCUUGAAGGCGAUUCUAGUGAUAUUAUCCAUUUAUCACACGGUAAAAGGUGAAAAAGUAAAAAAUUGAUAAGUAGUAUACUUAGUGAUAAAACUGAAACUGAAUUGACUGUAUAUUUAUCACAUUAUACCUCAUUCUUGUUGAGUAUUGAAUAAGAAAUCAAAAGUAAGGUAAUACAAGUUAUUAGAUUUAGAUCCUAAUCUUAAAAUAUUUCCAAUGUGCUCAUAUUUUUCCUAAAGUGCCAUUUCUUAUUGAUGAAUUAAGGUGUUCCUGAAUAUUUAGACUGAAUUACUUAUAAAAUUUAUGAAGUAUUUGUAUUUUGUACGAAAAUUUAGAGAAGUUUAGUAGUGAAAUAAAAGUUGCGCUGCACAGAAUCAAAGCUUUCCCG